AUGACCGGCUCUGGCGGCGACACCUACGCGGCGCCGCUAUCGCCCCAUGACCUGCUGGGAGAACUGCUGCGGCAGCGGCGGAAGGUGCUGGUCCGGGCGUGCGAUGCGUGCUCGAUCCGCAAAGUCAAAUGUGAGUCCCAGCGCCCGUGCUCUCAUUGUGUCGCCAACGGCCUCCAGUGUACGCUGCUCCGCCAGCGGAAGAAGCUGGGGCCAAAGAACUUGCACAAGAAAACGCUCAAGUCGAUCCACACGUUGGUGCCAAGCGCGUCGACAACGCUGUCGCCGGAGAAGACGGUGGUGGCCGAGGCCGACGAGGCGAAAGCGCAACAGUACUUGUUGACGCCGCAAAACUUGAUGGAGAACGUCGGGCUCAUCAGCGACGAGCCCAUCGUGUUUGAGUUGGUGAAACCGUUCACGGCGCAGCUGUUGGUGGUCAAUUUCACCGAGUUAUUGACGUUUCUCACUAACCACUUCGAAGGGUGUAUGGACAAAGAGAUUGUGGUGGUGGAGCGCCACAACGAUAACGAGUUCUUGUCGACCCUUUUUGUCAUCCUCACCCUUAAUUUACUCAUUGCCGAAGUGUUGAUCAAGCUCAAAAAGCAAAAGUACCGCGAGUUCCACAAAUACCCCAAGCGGCUGAUUCAGGAACGCAACUUCAAAAACUUCAAAAACCUCACCCAUUUCAAGUGCAUCGAGGUGCUAUCGUUGAUCGAGAAGAACUUCAUCAUCCCCGCGGUUAUCCCGGCGCAGCAUAUUCCGGUAUCGUCGGCCCCUAACACUUUUGGCGUCUACUAUAAUUUGCUGUUGGGCCACUACCAUAUGUGCACCUACUACCACAUUUUGAAUUUGACCAACAUCAUGAACGGCGGCGAUACCCCUAACGUCGGCCACUACGGUAACGAGCAGCAAGAACAGCAAAAGCUCUUGUUCUUGCGUAAGCUGAUAAGCUACUUCCAGCUUUUAAACUUGAAGACAGCGUCCGAACACGCCGCUGCUGCCAUCCAGCUCCACGAAAUGUUCGAAAUGCUCUACACUUGGGAACGGUACAUGCUCUUAUACUCGCUGACCACCUAUGCCCUUGGCGUGCGGCGAAAUAACGACGUCAUCCUCCAGCUUGAACGAGAGAAAUUCAGAACGAAAAAAUUCAUCGCUAACGCUUUUGACAAAAACGUGGUAUAUGCCCUUAUUGAGGUUACGGAACUGGUGCCGGGACUUAUCGAAAAAUUGAGUCGAAUUACCUUCCAAACGGCACCGGCAGUAGUGGAAGCGCAAACUCCGUACCUUCCGAUCAAAGAGGCAGUGCUGCAAUUAGCUCAGGACAACGCAUUUGAAGUGAUCAAGCAAAUUUUCUUAUUCAAAGUACUUUGCGGAGUGGGCCACUGGAAUGUUGUCCAGGAACUUGAUGAACAAUUGACACUGGUGGCGGCAAUUCUCAAAGGGGUGGCGGAAAUGGACUCGUUCAAGGUGAAGAUGCUGAACUUCCAGCUUCUCCCCCACAUUCUCCACAUGAUCCGGGUGCGCCUCGACAUCACCCAGGCCCCCAUCAACCACGACAUGUUGUUGACGCUUUCCGACUGCUUGAUUCCUCAUUUCAGCCACUUCAAUAAUAUUAACAAGUUGAUCAGGGCCAACCCCAGUCUCAACCAGUGGUUCACGGGGCUCCACGCUCUCAGAGAAGAGAGAGGCGGCGGGCCUGACCCCAUGGCAGCAAUGCCGCCAGUGCCGCCAGCGGCGCCGGCGAUGGCAUCGCUUGACGCCGCCCCGGUGGCGGUAGUGCCCCUGGCCGCGUACCCUCACCCUCCUCCGCCGCCAGUGACGUCACUGGUACUGGCACUGGAGUGGGACUUGCCGAUGAGCGAGCUGUCGCAUAAUCUCCUCUCGUUGUUCAACCAGAUCUCGGAGGACUCAGCUAACUUGGAAACGUUGUUUGGUCUCGGACAGCCCGAGACUAAAGCCGACUUUAACUUAUAG